UGUAAGUUUCCCACCAUCAAAGCAACCUACGACCCCGAUUUCAAAUGUCUGGCUUUAAGGUAGUUUAUGCCUGUCGCUUUUGUGGCAACAUAAUCAGCUACAAGACCUCCAAAGUGACCGAGACGCCCUACGAUAUUCUCUUGACCCGGACCUUUAACCUGAUACAAAACGACAGGAUCCGAGUGACUGAUGGGGAGAUGUUCCAGGACCUACACUGCUCCCAGUGUCGCAUGGAACUGGGUCUCCGCUGCCUGAAGAGUGAAAAAAACGCCCGACUGGCGGGACUCACGCUGCUCGAGAAGGUUCAUCUGGUGGUGUUCGACUCGUAUGAGGUGCCAUUCGAAAUGCCUGCCGAGCAUGAUGACUGAUGGAGCGUGUAAAAAUAAAGUUGCGCCGGAACAAUUAACAAUUUAA